AUCUUUCCGAACGUCCGCUUUUCUGUUUUCUUCCGGGCUGCAUUGAACCUCUUCAGCUGCCGUAGGCAGUGGGUCGAAAGUGCCGGGCAAAAUGGAAGUGAAUCCCCCGAAACAGGAGCACCUGCUGGCCCUGAAAGGUCCUGUUUCCCUCUGAUUUGGAAAGAGAGUCUUAUAAUUAUAAAUUACAUUCUAGCGCUGAGGAGCGCAUCUAAGAAAUGUUUUCUUCAUUAAGAGUAACUGGAUUACUGCACAAUGACUACAGAAGUAAUAUUACAUUAUCGACCAUAUGAGAAUGAUCCCACACAACUGCCAAAAAUUGCAGAGAAAGCAGUUCAAGACUUUCCUACACGUCCACUUUCGACAUUUAUUCCUUGGUGUUCGCAUGAUGGGUCCAAACUUCCACUCAAACCUAAAAGAUCACCACCUGUGAUUUCUGAAGAGGCAGCUGAAGAUGUGAAACAGUACUUAACCAUUUCAGAACAUGAUGUUAAAUCACAGAGUUAUGAUUGCACAGUAGAUCUUUUGGAAUUUCAACCUAAUUUAAAAAAAAGGAAGCACUUUAUCCGGUCACACUCACUGAAUGAACAGACUAAUUCUGGAAAUCUAGAUAAACAAUCAGAAAAGGGAAGACAACACAAGAAGAGGUUUUGGAGCGUUUCACUUCCCAACAGUAAUUGUACUGAAAAUAUUUUUCCUUUGUCUAAAAAAUUGCGAGAUAGUUUAAAGGCACUGAAUUUGCAUUCACUUUAUAGAGCAAGAUGGACUAUAGAGCAUGCUAUUUGUAACAACCAAACUCUGGAAGACAUUUGGGCAAAACUCAAUCAAAUCAUCAGGCACAAUGAACUUCCAUCUUGUAAUGCUACAUUUCAGAGACACUUAGGCCAAAUAUGGGUGUUCUGUGAUAUUAUGUACUGUGAAUAUGUGGGAAGUCUUCUUAAAGGAAGGUUAGCUCUUACUGGGAAAAUGAAUUUAUUCAUGCAUAAAUAUGGUGUUAUUUUUAGUAUGUAAUGAAUUUCACUGAUAGUUAAAGAAAAGAAUAUUCGAAUGAACUGAGAAUGAUCUGAAAUAGUGAGAUCAGUCAAUUUUGUAUGGGUCUUUAAAUUUUUGAUUUAAUUUUUUUUAUUUGACCCCUCACUAAGAUAGCCUAUUCAUUCUUAAUAUUGUUAAAAAAAAAAAAUUGGGUGGUAAUUUGUAUACAGUUGUUUUCCAGAAGUAAAUGGCCAUCAGUUGAGUUCCUAGCCAUGUCUAUUAACUCAAGAGCUUUUUAGGUUAUACUUUUAGUAGUCUUUUUCUAAAUGAAUUGUGAUAAAUUGUUAUUUAUACUGAGUUUUAGAAGUAAAAUGUUCUAUUGCUUUUGUUCUGUUACUUUUCCAGUGGUUGAAUUAGAUAUUGCAGUGAAUUAAAGUGAAUAGUUUGGAUUUUGGUAAAGUUCCAAAAUGUAAUUUUAUAGUGCUUUUUCUUUACUCUUCUAAAGUGUAAUGAUUUUAAAAUAUAAUAAAACCAGUUCUAUUGUGAAUGCUAUUGAAGUAUCAUGAACAUAGUUCAAAUUGGGAAACUAGCCGAGAUUCUACCAAUGUUUCCAAAAAUCUGUAACUGACAAUAUUUGAUGUGGAAUUUUGAAACAAAAAUAUAAAAUGUGGUAUUUGCCUAAGACCAUAGUAUAUCUUUAAGGAUAUAACUUAUUUUGAAGUGAAGUAUCAAAUAAUGGUAAGAGAUCAUUAUUCUUUAUUUAAUCAAGUACAAGUAGUUCAAUCUUAAUGAUGGUUAAUGCUGAUUGCUAGUUGACUGGUUCCUGGAGUUAUUCUGAGUUUCCCAUAAGCUAAAUGUUAUAAAUUGGGUUUACACAUCACAUCAUAAAAAUACCCAAAGUGAUUAUACAAUAAAGGUUUUAUGUAAAAAUGUAUUUAUUUAGCGAAUUUAAAUGCCUACCAUGAGUCAGGUAUUAGAACAUACCAUGGAAGGAGAGAAACAUGGACCCUGCCCUUCCAGAGCUUACCCUGCCCUUCCAGAGCUUACGUGGAGUUACAUUCCAUUAAGUGAUCAAACCAACUCCCUGAAAAAAAACCCAGCAAGACUGUAGUCUUUCUGGAAGGCACACAUACAUUUGCAUUGUGGCACAGUGCCUGAUAAUGGUAAGGGCUCAGUAAUAGAUGUUCAAGCCCUUUGAAGGGAUUCUUCAUAUUCUGCAUGAGCUGAGGUUGCUUAAAAGCAAACUACUGAUUUUUAAAUAAAGUGAUAAUUUUUUCUAAUUAGGUUUCAGUCUGUCCAAACACUGUUUUAACUACUUUCAGUACCUUUUUAUAGUCUCAAAUGAGACUGCUCUCUAGAAAAUAAUCAUCAUGUGCAUGAAUGCUUCCAAAAGUCUUUAAAUGAAAAAUCACCAGGUUUAGAGGGAUUUUCUGAGGUCACUUCUUCAGUAAUUGCUUCCUUUUUGUUUGGUUAAUCAUCUUUUCAACCUAGACUGCUGGAGAAGUGUCAAGAAGUUAUUCAGUAGUUCCAGCAAGCUUUGCAAAUAAGAGUUCUUAAUAUUAGGCAGUCAUAGACGGUGGAUUUAAUUUUUUUUCAGGUCUUAUUUACCAGAAGGUUGCUAAUCAAGGGUUAAAAGUUAGGUAAUUAUAAGACAAAGUCACUUGAACAGAAUACAGUUUUUUUCCUGAUAUAGUUUAAAAUAUAAGGUAUAGUUGAGUCAUGAAAUAUUUAUGAGCAGUUUUUAAUUUUUUUAAAUUUUUUUCUUAUAAUAAUAUUUUUUAUUGU